GGUUCAUAUGUCAACAAGAGUGUAAUGGCUAUUUUCGUAACAAAGUUUGUCCAUAACUUAAAAGAUACUCUUUAAAAUUUCGUUACCAGUUUACUUGAAAAUGGCAGGAAUAGUGGUGAUAAAUAUCAGCUAUGAAGGAGACAAUGAAGUCUCCGAAAUUUACAAACUUCAUCGUCAAACCCGAUGGGUUGAUUUGGAGGCUAUGUUGAAAGCCCAGUUUGAUUGUGAAAAUAUGGGAGUGUAUUAUGUUGACUCAGAAGGAGACUAUAUUGCCAUGAGUAGUCAAGGAGAACUGGAGGAGGCCUUCAAGGUUGCAGAUCAGUGCCACAACACUUUGUAUAUGAGAGUGAGAAACUUAGGAUCCACUCCUCCAAAACGUACAGUUGAGGCAGAUGCCAUCCCCAUUACUGAGGACAACACAGAGCUUAAAUUAGCCCCUGUAAUUCCGGACACCCUCCAUCAGGAGAAGAAGCCAGAGAUUGUCUUACAGGUGGAGGAUCCAGCCCAGGCUGUGGAAGAAGCCACCGGCGAAAGGAAACAUCCUAGACAAGAGAAGAGAGAAAAACCAGAUGAUGUGGAUAGUCCCUCAGAAACAACACCACUGUUUUCUGUGAAGAAAUCAAAAAAGAGACACUCCAGAGAUUCUGACAGAAAGAAGAGCGGACAUCGGCAUAAAGAGGAAUCCCAAGCCGGGGAACGAAAAACUGAGGAGGCUAUUCCCUACCCAGCCUUCAUCAAGUACAUGAAGGAGCUGAAGAAGGAGUUGCACACAGAAAUUGUUAAAGACGUGACUAGAAAGACCGUGAAGCAUGUGUUGCGUGGUUUGGACGGGGCUGUUUUGCAGAGCUACAGAGGGGGAGAGGGAACAGAAAACCAACCUAAGGGGUCCACAGUAUCCUCUGAUGAGACACCCAAGGUCAAACCAAUGACAGACACAGUCAAGCCAGAUGACAGUAGUGUCCAUCAAAUUUACUACCAUUGUGGUGUUAUUUGUGACAACUGCAAUAAAGUGGUUGUUGGAUCUCGAUACAAGUGUUGUAACUGUGUGGACUAUGAUCUAUGUGAGGAAUGUGAGAACAUCAGUGGAGUCCACGAUCCUACCCAUGUCUUCAUCAAACUCCGUCGACCAAUUAGAUUCAGGCAGAAGGGCCCUCUCAUGAAGCAGAUUCUGUACAAAGCUUAUCGACAGCCAACAUCCUCAGAGGAGAAGGAAGAAACUGAUGAAAACGAGGCUGCGGCCAUUACCUUGAAUGGUGGAAAACAAGGCAAAAUACUGGCUAAAAUCGAAAAAGUACAAGCAAAAGCAGCAAUGAAGCAAGAAAAGAUAAAACAAAAACAAGAGAAGACAAUAGAAAAGUUGAAAAUGAAAUUGGAUGUUGUAAAAGACAUGAAGGCCCAUUUUAUGGGAGACCUGACCAUCCCUGAUGGAACCAAAGUACAACCAGGGACCAAAUUUGUAAAGACUUGGAAAAUCCGAAAUUCUGGAAAUAUCUCAUGGAGAGAGACCACUAAACUCCAUAACAUCUCUGGAGACCUGCCAACCCCCUCCUCUGAUAUUGAUGUCCCCCUCCUGAACCCCGGGGAGACAGCUGAUAUCUCUGUCACAUUCUUUGCCCCAGAGGAACCAGGGAAGUAUCAGAGUCACUGGAAGAUGCUGGAUUCCGGUCACCAGUUUGGACACCGAGUCUGGUGUCUAGUACAGGUGGAGCCAAAACUGGUUCUAGAGCCCAAACAGUCAGAGGAUUCACUCAGAAUUGUCAAUGAGGAGUCAAAAUCAGAGAAAAAGGAAGUGGAAACUCUGACAGACCAUGCAGAUGAGAACUUGGCUGAAUCCACGGAAAAGGAUGAAACAGAAUUCUUAAUUGAGAAAAGUCCAAUACAAUUUGAAAAGAAACCAGAGAGCCAGCCCUCUGAGACUAUAAACAAUGAGACUGUCCAGAAACUGGAGCAGGAACUGACCACAGCAGCUGCGGCCAUGGCCCAGUUACAGCUGGACGCCCAGCAGAAGCCCACUGUGUCUGAGGAGACUGGGCAGGACCUGAUGUCAUUUGAAAUGCUGGACAUGUCCUCCAGAGGGUCCAACAAAAUGUCUCAGACAGCCACACCCAACAACACUCCACUUGUUGUGUCCCCUCCUAAGUCACCGUUGCCAGAAGAGGGCAGUUUGUCAAGGACCAGCAGUGUUGAACUUUUAAACCCAGAGGACUAUACAGAAAAAACAGAGAUCAUUGACAAAGAGUUUGUGGAGAAUUACAUGAGCAGUCUGCCCAUCCCCCAACCAGCAGAAAUCCAGUACUCCUCUGAGGACAAUGAGAGCCUCAGUGAGGAUGAGGAUUUCCUCAUUGUUCCCAUGCCGGCCUGUUUUGACUUCAGUAAGCCUGUCAUCAGAGCACAGCUGUCAGAGAGCUCCUCAGACAAUGAAACAACGGACAACAACCAUAACGUGCUGGACGACAACCACAACAACAUUGUCACUAGUCCUCCCUCAGUGGAUGAUAUUCUGACUGCUUCAAAUUCAGUGUCUACACCCCCACUGGAUCCACUCAUCCCUUCACCGGCCUCCCCAGCACUGGUCGAUGGUCUCGGCCACAGUACACCAGAGAUGUUGACAGCUCCUGCCCAGGGGGGAGUCAGGGAGGAAAUAAGGACUGAGAGGGAAAUAGGGGCAUCAGGAAAUCUUGAGGUGCCCUCAACAAAUACAGAAACGGGGGAAGUGAGUGCUACAAAUACAACCAUUAUUGAACAAGCUGUCGAAACUGAAGAGAUCAGUGCAACAAAUGCAACAAUAAUGGAACAGUCCAAUGAGACAGGGGAGGCAACCAACAAUCGAACUGAGGAUCAGGCCUGCUCACCCCUGGACACAACUGAAGUCAAGGAGGCCCUUCCACAGGGAGAUGUAUGCACAGGCGGGGCUCACCAUGGGGAUCAAAACAAAGGCGAUAAGGCUGAAGGAUAUGAAAUGCCUGUUGCUGGUGAGAUGGUAAAUCAGAUGGUUUCCACUGCGGUGAAGGCAGCCAAUCGUGCUGCUGCUAAUGCUUAUACUACCUGUAAAGAAGUCUUCUACACCUGGCAAGCCAGAACCUAUCAGAACGGUACUUCCCAAGAAGAAAAGGAAUCUAAUUCCCAAAUCAACAUGGAAACCCAAGGCUGCAAAAUGGAAGCCAAAGGAGGAAAAAUGGGUGCCCAAGUCCACAGAUUCUGGUCCAAUGAAGAAACUCAUAGAGAUGGGCUUCUGUAACAGACAGAGAAACCAGGAGUUGCUCAACAAACAUGACUAUAACUUGGACAAAGUUCUGGCGGAACUCCUCAAUCAGUCAGACAAUGACUGGAUGCACAACAGGCACUAGGUUAUUGGGUGCUGUGAUUUGAUGAACAAUGUUUUAUUUUGUUUACUGAAAGUUUUCCAUGUUUCAGUUUACUUUAUAUUUGAAAGAGCUGUUUUAUGUAUAUUAUUUAGUACAUGUAUAUUGAUGAAGGAUAUUGCUUAACUAUAGGAGAAUUGAUCUUUGUUAAAAAAACAAAAACAAAAAAAAAAUCUUUCUGCAGUGUAUAUUUGUCAGUUCUAAAUGUUAAAUCAUCACCCUUAAAACAGCACAGAAUCUCCUAUUGUUGACAUUUUAUAUCCAGCUUCUUUCCACAUCAUUGUAAUGCACCAUAACUACUGGUAACAAAUGAACAUCAAGUCAGUAGAAAUUGAUAUCUUUACAAGAAAUGUAUAGUACACAUGUUUAUUAUUUAAUUGUUUCGAUCAAGAUGUAAUAAUUGUAUGCAUUUAAAUUUUUCAUGAGUGCUCAACUUCCAUGCUCUGCUGGGGAAAGACAUCUUUUUAAAAAAAAAUUGUUUGCCCUCUCCUGACUUACUAAAAAUGGCUGACCUCAAAUUUACAACUGAAUAUUUUAAUUUUAUUAAAAUUUUCAUGUUAAAUUUAAUUCAGCACUGAUGCUGAAUUUUUUUAGGGGAAAAAAUUACAUCCUACUUAUGAAACAAUUUUUUUUAUCCUGAGUUAGAUAAUAUAAUAAAGUUUGGACAGCUAGGGCAAACAUUUUUUCUUAGAUGAUGGUCUUGGAUGCACUAUUAUAACAAGCUACACUAUUAUAACAAGCUACCUUAUUAAUUUCACACAUGGCGAAUUCUAAUUGUUAAGUUUAUUUUUUUUUUAUAUAUCAUUACUUGUGUACAGUUGGUGGAAGACUAAUUCAUUUACUAUUCAAGAUAUAGAUUUCAUUCUACUUUUUUCUGUGAUAUCACUUGUAAAUAAAAAAAAAAAUGUUUGUUGGAUUUGAUUUUGUCCCCACAUAUACAUGUAUAUUUAUAAAGUCAGUGCUGUUGUUAUUGUACACUGAAGUUAUUCAGUUAUAAUGACUUUUAUGUGCAAGUGUCAACCUCUUGAAUUCUUUUGUGUUGUUUUUCCCCUAUGUUUUGUUAUUAAUUAAUGUCAGUGUUUGGAAUGUGCACCUGUUAAUUGGAUUAGUGUUCAGAUGACGUAAUUGUUGGAGGAUGCACAUUAUUCUGUUUUAAAUAGAUAUGUACAUGUUUGAAGAUAUGCUAAAAGAGACUGUGAUCUGAAGAUUAGAAAUUUUUGUUACAUGUAUAAGAGGGGAAAGUGCUGGAAAUUUUAAGUGUGUCAGGCUUUCUUUAAGGCUUGCUUAGAAAGUAAAAUUAAAUCUGUGUUUUUCUGAAAAGCUAUUGAUCAGCAUGUAAUAUGUGUCUAAAGAUUAAUAAACUUACACUAUUA